CCCCCCUGAAAUGCAUUUUCUGUUUCUGACAAAGAAAAGCCCUUGGAUAUGUCAGCUCAAAAGCUAAGAGUGAGAGAAAUGUAUGUGUAAAUUUUUAGUUAUUUCUUCAACUUGAAUUCAUUUCGAAAAGCUUUUAAAUCUCUGCCUAACUUUCUUUAAAAUAAAAUAAAUAAUAAUCCCUAAAAAAUAACUCGAAACUACGCCCCCGAGUUGGUGUUCUGUUCUGUGGCCCCAGUGCGAUAUUUCCCAUCUACAGCCCUAGCCCCCAGAGGGGUCAUAAAACUCGGCUAAUCUCCUGUAACCCCAGUAACCGCAAUUCCACCGCCAGUCGACGAUUAGAUAGCCCCAGAAAUGUCCAAAGCACGGAACCUCUUGCUGCUCUCCUCCUCCAGGCUGUACGGAUACGGGUACUUGGAGCAUGCCCGGGGCCAGCUGGAGGAUCUCUUCAAGAGCGCCAAUGUGAAGACCGUGCUCUUCGUGCCCUACGCCCUGCGGGACCAUGACAAGUACACUGCCACCGUGAGGGAUGCCCUGAAGCCGUGGGGCUACUCCGUCGAGGGGCUGCACACGAAGCCGGACCGGGCACAGGCCCUGAAGGAGGCCCAGGCCAUCUUCGUGGGCGGCGGCAACACCUUCGUCCUGCUGCGGACGCUCUACGAGCUGGAGCUGCUGGAGCCCAUCCGGGAGCUGGUGCUGCGCGGCGGACUGCCCUACGUGGGCAGCAGUGCCGGGACGAAUGUGGCCACCAGGUCGAUACACACCACCAACGACAUGCCGGUGGCCUAUCCGCCCAGCUUCGAGGCCCUGGCCCUGGUGCCGUUCAACAUAAAUCCGCACUACCUGGACCCGGAGGCGGGCACUCACCACAAGGGCGAGACUCGGGACGAGAGGCUCGAGGAGUUUGUGGCCUACCAUGGGCUGCCAGUGCUGGGCCUCCGGGAGGGAACCAGUGUCCGGGUGGAGGGCGAGAAGGCUACGCUCCUGGGGGAUCGCAAUGCCAAGCUUUUCAAGGCAGAUGGGAGCACCGAGGAACUGGCUCCCAAGGCCGAUCUUAGCUUCCUGCUGCAAAAGUAGUCGGAUCGUACACUGAGGAAAACAUCCGCACAUUUAUUGUACAUAUAAACAUACAAGCUUAUUGUAUUAUUUCUGCAAUAACAACAAUUCCUAAUAAAA